AUAUGAUGACAGAUUUAAUUGGGAAGCUGAUAAGCCCAGUGUAGGUUUCACAGAAUAUGUGCGCUAAUACCGUAUUUUAGUUGGAUUUGCUCAAGACUCGUUUUGUACAAAACUGUUGUGAUUGGGAUUAUUUAAUCUGCCUAAAACCGCUAACAAGAUGUCAAAAGGACUCCGAAGCAAACAGACCAAACAAUGUGAAAUUUCCUUCAAUAUUGCGAAGCAAGAAGCCCUGGAUUACAUUAAUCGGGGGGAAGAAAAGCCAGGAUGUAUUGUUAAAGAGGUUAACUCUGUGAUAGGAAAAGGAUUAUUUGCUAAUAAAGAAUAUACUGCAGGAGAAUUCAUUAUGGAAUAUGCAGGAGAACUAAUCAACAGAAAAGAAGGGUUGAAACGUGAAAAAUGUUACCCUCUCGAAAAAGGAAGUUACAUAUACUUCUUUCUUUUUGAUAGUAAAAAAUUCUGCUUGGAUGCCACAAAUUCUACAAAGCAUGGGAGAUAUGCAAAUGAUGCAGCACCAGGUGAUACACAAGAGAAUGCUGCAAUGAAAUGUGUAUCAAAUAAAGGAAGACCCCACUUGGCAUUGUUUGCGAUGAGGAAAAUAGCAGCAGGAGAAGAAGUCAGAUAUGAUUAUGGUGUCCCAAAUCUUCCAUGGCGUAAAAAGGAUGAUGAUGUAUUACAAUGUGAAGCUGAAGGGCAGCACCACGAAAAUACAUUGUUAAAAAAGUGCUCAGUUUUGCUGAAAAGAGUAUCAGGAAAAGUCCUGAACAAAAUUAGAAAAGUUGAAUCAGAUGUAGAAGAAUACAUGCAUGUUGAAGUCAAUGAAUCUAUUGAGAAGACUCCAGUUGAAUCAGAUGUAGAAGAAUACAUGCAUGUUGAAGUCAAUGAAUCUAUUGAGAAGACUCCAGUUGAAUCAGAUGUAGAAGAAUACAUGCAUGUUGAAGUCAAUGAAUCUAUUGAGAAGACUCCAGAUACAGGAAAUACAUGCCACGAGUGUAAAGUAUCAUUUAACCUGGAGUCCUCAUUGCACAGACACACCCAGACCUGUCAUCCUGACGAGAGCUGCAUUGACUUCCUGAAUUGUGGCAAGUGCAAAAGUAUCUUUGGUGACAUCCAGAGCUUUAUGGAUCAUAAAAGAUUCUGUCAGGCUAAUGGAAGGAAAGACCAGAGAGAAAAGAAAACAGAUGUGGUAGCCAUCAUGGGAAGUUUUCACCAGUCUUCUCCAGAAAUUUUUCAACAUUCUGCCGCUGGUACACAGUGCUCAAGUAUGUGUCUUGCUGCCAUAGUGGCCUUUUCUCUGAAAAAUGUUGAAUCCUGGGAUUCAAAUUUUGUGGACAAUGUAUUGAAAGGAGGAGACAAACUACAUCUAGAAAUCUUGAAAAGUAAGCAGUGGCCUUACCAAAGAAAAGAGUCUAGGCUCGCUGUUGACGAAUUGCCCCAGAAAUUUGAGUGUCAAAUUGGCAGGCAUGAUGUGAUUGCAAACUCUGAAUAUCAAGAACCUUUAUUUGGAUUUUCCUCAUAUAUAGAGACUUUCGUUCUAACUUCAAUCAUCAAUCAUCCAAACCAAAGCUUUAUCCUAAGAAUGUAUGAUUUUUGCAUUGCAAUUCUCUGCAGCAACCAGAAUCAGUACUCCAUUUUUGACUCCCAUGCUAAAAAUUCUGAAGGAAUUAUUGAUGCCAAUGGCACUGCUGGUCUGUUUAAUUUUCGAAACCCUUCAGAAAUGGUGAAAUAUCUCAAAUGCACAACAACAGAGAAAAAUGUGCAAAUUGACUUGUAUCCAGUCACUGUUCAAUUUAUGAGAACUGAGGUGAUGGAAGAAUCUGUACCCUGUGUUGAGAAUUUAACAGCAGCUUUGAACCAGGCAACAGAGAGCAGUCACAAGUCUAUACCAUGCAGAGAAACGGAAAGUCCUGAGAAAGAGCAAAAUAACAGAAAAAUUCCAAAUGAAGCAGAAAAGACCCAAAAGAAAGUGAGACCCAAGCGACCCUGUCCAUUUUGUGACAAAUUGGCAUCAAGGCUUUCAGACCACAUUAAAAGAAAACAUAAGAAUGAAGAGAGUGUGGUUAAUGCCUUAUCGCUUCCAAAGGAAUUGAGAGACAGGGAGUUUCAAACAUUUAAAAAGGAAGGCAUUUUUAAAGUUAACUCUAAUUUGCUUUCUAAGGAAGCCUCCCCAGAUUUUGAAAACCUAUUGCAUGAAAGAAGGUUUGUCAAAAGUAACUCCACCGUCGUGUGCUCCCUUUGUAAAGGAUUUUAUAGUAAAAGGAGAAUUGCUCGGCAUAAGAAAACAUGUUUUAGAGCUGAAAAUUGCACUGAUUACCCAACUUCAUUUAAUGUUACACUCCUGAGGAAUGAUGAAGAAUAUUCUGAUAAAUAUAGAAAGGAGAUUCUGGAGGGAUUUCAUGAAAAUGAGGUUGGAAAACUAAUCCGAAACGACGCAUGGAUAAAGCAAUAUGGAUAUCUCAGUUACCAGAAUUUUGAGGGUACUGAGAAAAGGGCAGAGAAAAGAAAAUCUCUCAUGUCAAAGCUCAGAAGACUUGGCCACCUCUAUUUACAAUUCAAGAAGAUAAUGUCUGAAAAACAUCCAAAUUUUGCUUUUACCUCUUGCAGGGAAAUGUUCAAAAGAGAUAACAUUCUUGGUAUUCAGAGUGCCAUAAACAGCAUUACUACUACAGACAAUGAGAAUGUGAUAAAGAGUGGCCUUAAGGUGUCUUUACGAUACCUUAUCGCAGAUGUGUGUAAAGUGAUGAGGGCAUACUUUUUAUUUACAAGGCAGGAUGAGGAGGCUGAAGAAAUGAGUAAAUUUAUUUCAGUGUUGCAAGUUUACUGGCCGUCUUUCUUUGCAACUGCCGAGGAAUCUGUUUUAAAAAAGCGUCAGUCUGACUUACGAAGACCUUCAAAACUACCUAAAGAGGAAGAAAUAGAUAGGCUUAUAAUCUUCACAAAAGAAGUUAUUAAAAACUUGUCUUCUGGUGCAGGUUACCAAAUUUUAGAAAAUAAUAACUAUUGUGAAUUAAGAAAUACAGUUGUGUGCAGAUUAACCUUAUGUAACGCAAGGAGGGGAGGUGAACCCAGUCGAAUGACACUUACAGAAUGGAAUGAUGCCUUCAAUGAUGUCUGGGUUGAUCCAACCAAAAUAAAUGAUGUCACAGAUGAAGACAAAAAAUUGCUCUGCGAGUAUAAAAUAGCCUACAUUCAUGCUUCGAAAGUUUCAAAACUUGUGUCUCUUUUGAUCCCAGAAGACUGUUGGAAGGCUAUGAAAAUUUUAGCUGAUCCAGAGAUACGAAGACAUGCUGAUAUUAAUGUAAAAAAUAAGUUUGUAUUUCCUAGUGUGAAGAAUUCAUUAACUCAUGUAACUGGAUGGGUAUGUGUUAAUAAUGUUUGCAGAAAGGCAGGAUUGAAACAUUGUGUUACUGCAACAGGCAUGAGACACUACAUGUCCACUGCUUAUGCACGCAAGAGUGUAUCUGCAGCAGAAAGGGAGUUGUUUUUUAAACAUCUUGGGCACUCCAGACGCAUGAAUGAAGAUGUGUAUCAGACUCCACUAGCAAUACAAACCAUAACAACUGUAGGAAAAUUUAUGAGUUCUAUAGAGGGUGAUGGAGGUUCAAAAUUUAGUGUUUCAGAUUUUCAACCUGGAGACCAAGCACUUGAAAGUUCAAAUUGUAGUGUAUCUGAUUUUCAACCUGGAGACCAAGCAUUUGAAAGUGUCAAGAGAAAAAAUCAGAUUGAUGAUUCUCUGCUAGAAGAAGAGAUUCCAAGACCUAGCAAGAAAAUGAAGAGAAUACCAACUUGCACCAAAGAAAGAACAUUUCAUGGUGAUUCUGAAUUUCAUUAUUCAGAUACAGAAAGUUCUGAUUCUGAAAAAUUCAGCCCAAUGAAAGUAGAAAAAACUGAGGAAAAGGACACCAGGCAUACAUGGCUUGAACAUGAGGAUAGAGCUAUUGAUGAUUUUUUUCAGACUGAAAUCAAUGAAUUUUCGAAUGUGGGGAAUAAAGGAUCUCUGGAAGGAGUGACAAAGAGAAUAGAGAAUUUCAUAAAGAAGUAUCCAGAUGUUCUGAAGGAAUAUCCUCAAAUAGCAAAAGUUAACAAAAUUCGUACAAAAAUAAUAAAUAAAAGAAGACAGGCAAGAACAGUUUACCAGAAAAACAUGGAAUCCUUGCUUGUGUAAUUAAAGGAAAGAAAGACUUCGUCCACCUUACAAGGGUAUGCUAGCUUGAUACAUUAUGUUGAAUUCAUGUUGGAGUCUUCAUGCAAAAAGGACUCCAAGCAAAAGAAUUCAUACUGGAGUCUUCAUGCAGAGGAGUGUAUAUCACAGUCAUCAUGCUGAAAAAUCAUAUAGGGGUCAUAUUAAAGUCCUGCAGAAGAAUUCAUAUUGGAGUCUUCAUCCAGAAGAAUUCAUAUUAUUGGAGUCUUCAUCCUGGAGAAUUCAUAUUGGAGUCUUCAUGCAGAGGAAGGAGUUUAUAUCGCAGUCAUCAUGCUUGAAAAUCAUAUAGGGGUCAUAUUAAAGUCCUGCAGAAGAAUUCAUAUUGGAGUCUUCAUCCAGAAGAAUUCAUAUUGGAGUCUUCAUGCAGAGGAGUUUGUAUCACAGCAGCCAUGCUGGAAAAUUGUAUAGGAGUCAUAUUAAAGUCCUGCAGAAGAAUUCAUAUUGGAGUCUUCAUCCAGAAGAAUUCAUAUUAUUGGAGUCUUCAUCCUGGAGAAUUCAUAUUGGAGUCUUCAUGCAGAGGAGUUUAUAUCACAGUCAUCAUGCUUGAAAAUCAUAUAGGGGUCAUAUUGAAGUCCUGCAGAAGAAUUCAUAUUGGAGUCUUCAUCCUGGAGAAUUCAUACUGGAGUCUUCAUGCAGAGGAGUGUAUAUCACAGUCAAUGCUGAAAAAUCAUAUAGGGGUCAUAUUGAAGUCCUGCAGAAGAAUUCAUAUUGGAGUCUUCAUCCAGAAGAAUUCAUAUUGGAGUCUUCAUCCUGGAGAAUUCAUAUUGGAGACUUCAUCCAGAAGAAUUCAUAUUGGAGUCUUUAUGCAGAAAAAUUGAUAUUGGAGUCGUACAAAAAUUACAAAGAAGUAUUCAUAUCUGAAUCAUAUUGCAGUCUCAAUGAGGAAGAAUUCAUAUUGGAUUCUUUCAAGAGAUUCUUGCAGGAGAAUUCAUUGUAGGCUUACCUUGGAAGUGAUCAGACAUGGUGAGUUACCUUAAGGCCACAGUUUUUUUAUUUCUUGGUUUACGGAUCCGCCGACCCUAAUUCCUGGGGAAUCGAAAAAGAAAAGAAAAAAUGCAAAUUUCUACUUUAUUUUAAAUCUGCCGAUUGUACCCAACAUGUCAAACCGAAAAUAAAAAUAAAAUGCAUUUUCAAUUUUACCAAUAGAAAAUCGUAAAACGCAAACCUAUUGAUUUAUAUUUGGUAAUCACUAUUCGUUUUGCGAAAUAUAUUCUGUAUUUUUAAAAACCAUGUAAACGGAUAUAGCUACGAUGACAGUAACAAUACCUAUAUCGUUCUUGUCGAUGAAACAGAUGUCAGAUGGCAUUUCAUCACGAAAAAAAAAGGAAUUGAUAGACAUAAAUAUUUCUCAUACAAUUGGCGGUAUUCUUGCUGCUAACAUAACACGAAAGGCAGUGCUAUUUGGGUGUUUAAAGAUGAGAGGAAGGUACAGUUGUUAGCGACUUUACUAUAGAUAGGAUAUUCCAUCGUUAAAGUGAUAAUGUCCUACGGACCCGGUUUGAGUGUGGUGAGGGCCUGUACCGAGAAACAGUUAGAUUAUUCUAACUAAUGACUUUAUACCACAGCAGUACAUGUCAAUAAAUGUAUUUGAAUACAUGCACGUGCAUCUCUGCCGUCAAAAAUCCGAACAGGGAAUAGAACAGUGUGAGAAAUUGUUAGAUGCCUAUGAUAUUAUAAUGAACGCCGGUAAAAAAUAUGACCAAUUCCCAGACUAAACUAAUUUUUCGAAAAUUAGUAUACCUUGUGUUGUGGUGGAAAGAAUUUGAGUAUCAAAUAAAAAUGAAAAACAAGAAACAUUUCUUUCAAAAAAAGGGCAUAUCUAUGGGAAAAAUUUAGUUAAAAAUUAUUUCAUGGGGUAUAAUCAUUCUGAAUUUUAAAAUGGAAUUACUACAUAAAAUUGUAAUAGUGCUUAUAUAUUAUGGGUUUUUUUUUCUUUAUAUCUAAACUUUGUAAAUGUAAAAUCUUUAUUGAGCAAUACAACAAAAUUACUGAACAACAAAAUAUAGAUACUGGAUACCUUACAACAUCAAAGAGAUAUGACCUAGCUUACACAUGUUCUACGAAAGUGUAAUAUAGGUACAUGUAAUAGUUAUACACGGAAUUUGAAAUAGCAUUUUUUUUCAAAAUUCAUAACAUACUAGUCAAUCUAAAGAUUUUUUUAAACUAAUAUUUAAUACAUGUUUUGUUUAUUUGUACUCAUGAAAUGAUGUCAAUGAUUUAUUGAAAAUAGAACAUCGAUCAUAGAUAUUAAAAAUUUUUAUUUAUUUUUCUCCCGACCGACCCUAAUUUUUUUUUUUAAAUCCGUAAACCCAAUAUAUUAAAAAACUGGCCUAAGAUAUUCACUCCCAUUUGUGUUAAUAAAAUAAUCAAAGGUUUUUGACAGACCUGGGCACAUUCACUGUACAAGCCAGUAACUGUAGUAUGUAUUAUGGUCAUCGAAUAAUGGCAGCUGACUUGGCUCCAGGAUCAUGAAACUGUCGUAAAAUUAUGUAAAAAUUUUGACUUUAAUAAUCAACUUGCACAAUAAACGAUUUUCACGAUAAACAGAAAUCUGAUAAAUGUAAAACAUGAUACACAAUAGACCUGAUAAACGCAUAACACGAUAGAAAAUGGAAAACCUGAUAAACACAAAACAUGAUACGAUAGGAUACAUGCACAAUAUGAUAUGAUACAUGCAUGAUAAAGCAAGAUAGAAACGUCAAGAAUAACGUUGUGGGCACUGUACCUGGUGCAUGUGUUAACAAUAAACAGGGUGGCUAUAUACAGAUACAUUGAACGUUUCGGCAGUCGCCAACGACUUUUGUGACAGCAUGGGAUAGACGGAGAUUCAUUUUUGAAUGCUUUUGAAGUGCAUUAAAACGAUGGAUCUUAUUUAAUGAAACAGUUUAAUUUGCUUAAUAGUGCUCAUUUAUUGUUUGAAUUAAAGAUAAUUAUUAAUAACUUUUUUUUUUAUCAGGCGGUGUCCCUAAGACAUUGGUAUAAUGGAAAAAAUAUUGAGUAUUUUGGUGGAAAUCUGAAUUUAACUCAAAACACGUUAGAAACACACACCACACACACACACACCGGUUGAUCCAGUUUGCCUCCCAAUUGUCAAAUACUUGACGAUGCCCC